AUGAACCGUUCCAAUAACUCAACUGCUCAUGUCGUUGGCCCCUGGGAUAUUUCAACACUUCAAAUCGUGAUAUUCCUCAGCAGCAAAAUCCUUUUACUCCAGAUUGUUUUAGGAUGUGGAGGAAACAUUCUUAACUUGAUAGUCUUGUUAAGCAGAGCAAUGAGAAGCAGAACUAAUCUUAUUUUCGCGGCGAUGGCAUUCGCAGACUUGUUCUUUCUGAUCCUUCAUAUUCCAACUGUGUUAUUCUUCGUUGGCACAAUCCGAGAUGCUCCGUGGUAUCGAAAUGGGUUCUCUCAAGUGAUUGCUGGAAUGUGUAAUUGGUCUUCAGCAGUUUCAAUUUGGUUCAUGAUGUAUGCAACGAUUGAGAGAGUUCAAGUAUUCAGAAGUCCGUUCCGAACAUCCAAAAGAUCCGCAUCCACUCGUUUCUUCGUAACCCUCUUCUUAAUUGCUUUCUUCUGUCUCCUCCUCACAAUCGUCCAUUUCAUUAACCCAAAAACACGUGCGGCCAACAAAUAUGCUCGUUAUGUUGUGUUCGUACAUAUGAUCUUUGUGGUUAUUAUCCCAAUGUGCCUUUCAACUUCACUCAAUAUUCUUCUCGUUUGUGCACUUCGAAAGAAUUCAAUGCCUCUGAGGAUGCUCAAUGAUUCCCAUGUUCAUCGAAGUUUGAUUGUACAGAGGACAAGGACGGAGAGAAAAGUCACUGCAAUGGUUACCGUAAUCCUGAGCUCUUUUAUUGCUUGCAAUCUACCAGGAGCUGUCGUCUUUGUCAUGAAAGAGAGCGACGACACAUUUGAUGAUAGUCGGCGACACAUCCUGAUGCAAGCUGUCUGCAAUUCCUUGGCGGUCACUGGAAAAGUUCUCAACUUCCUCCUUUUCUGCCUUUCAUCUGAGCAUUUCCGUGCACUUCUGAAGAAACGGCUUUGUUAUUUAUUUCACCUACAUCAUGAUUCGUCACGAAGGCACAAUAUGAGCACGACGGCAACUAAAACUUUCAGUGUUCCUCUGAAUGAUUUGUGA